CAUUGGUAUUACUGUUUCUUCUGCUCAAAUCUCAGAUUAAUAUUAUAUGGAGUCACUGGCGAAUCGGAAGCGAAAAGGGUUCAUGAAGGGGAAGCUGAUGCAGAUGCCAAUAUUCUAUAGAGCUGCAGCCAAACCUGCUUCAUCAUCAUCAACUAGUAGUGUGCAGUAUUCAAGCAAGGUCUACAAGCCAAGCCAGAGUUGUCCCUCAACAGGGUACUUGGAUUAUGUGAUUACUCCACCAAAGCAGCAGAAAGUGUCAUUUAUCAAUAUUAAUCCUGAGGAUACCAAACAAUUUGAGGCCCUUUUUGGGGUUUCUGCAGAUGAAGGUGUUGAUAUCAAGGCUACAUCCUACAUUUCUUCUGUUCAAGAAAGGUUCAAGCUUGAAGGAAUCAAUCAUGCUUGAAAUCAAUUAAAUUUAGUGCUUUGUGGGUAACUAACUAGCUAGUUUUAGUUUUCGAGUCAAUAAAUUAUUCUUAAUCCUCUAGCUAGAAAUUAAGGAUCGAUGAAAAACGAUUAAUCCAUUUGUGGGUUGAGAAGGGUUAAGUAAUGUGUAUGCAUGGUGUGAAUAUAUA